UGUUCAGGCUUUUCGUCGGUAAGUGGAAUCAACGGGUCAUUUAGAGGUUUGUGGAAAAGAAGUUAGGAAAUGACGAUGCUGGUAGCACGAAGUUCGCAAAUAUUUAAAUGUGGCUUUCGAUUGGUAGCAGCUGGUUGUAGCCAACAUUGUGCAAAACACACACUUCCAGAUCUUCCAUAUGACUACAAUGCUCUGGAACCAGUGAUUUCUGCUGAAAUAAUGCGGCUUCAUCAUCAAAAGCAUCAUGCAACAUAUGUAAACAAUCUUAACAUAGCAGAGGAUAAACUGGCUGAAGCUCAAGCCAAAAGUGACACAUCGAGUAUAAUUGCUUUACAACCUGCUUUGAAAUUUAAUGGAGGAGGUCACAUAAACCACUCCAUCUUCUGGCAAAAUUUGUCACCAAAUGGAGGAGGUGAACCAGAUGGUGAUUUAAUGCAGUUAAUCAAGGCUGAUUUUGGAAGUUUUGAAAACAUGAAGACCCAGCUGUCUGCAGCAGCUGUGGGUGUUCAAGGGUCAGGAUGGGCUUGGCUCGGCUUCAAUGGAACAACCAAUAGGUUACAAGUUGCAACUUGUGCUAAUCAAGAUCCACUUCAGGCUACCACUGGCCUAAUCCCUUUGUUUGGGAUAGAUGUUUGGGAACAUGCUUAUUACCUGCAGUAUAAGAAUGUCAGACCUGAUUAUGUAAAAGCUGUGUGGAAUGUUGUCAAUUGGAAGGAUGUGUCUGAAAGGCUGGAUGCAGCCAAAUAAAACAGUGGGAUGUGAAGACAUAAUUGAGGAAUCUAGAUAUCAGUAUUUUUCAGAUUAUUGAAUAUAGCUUUAUUCACUUGCCUAAUACUGCUGAUAAUCACUUGCCUUACAAGUUAAGUAGAAUGAAAUUUCCAAGAGGACUGUAAAAUAACAUCUUUUUUUCUUGAGCUAGGCAAAUAAAUCAGUUUUGUUUGUAAACACUUA